AUGGGUAGUGACUCUAAAAAGAAAGAUGAAAAACAGUCUAGGUUGAGCUUGUCAGCUCCUACUCGGAAUCUCAAGCAAUACAAGUCGAUAUUUGAUCAAAGAUACAGAUCUAAGAGUAGAGGGACAGGGUUUAGGGUGAGUAAACCAAAAUGUUUAGAUACUAAUCGUCGUUUGCAAAGGGAAAGCGAUACUGUCAAAGCCUCUACUUGGGUGAACUCUCUUAUUGAAAGGGGAAGGCAUAUACUUUCAGAAAUACACAAUGAUGACAUGAAAUUUGAAGCUGAACUCAGGGAUCUUGAAAGGACAACUAGAAUCGAAGAAUCUAUUGUUAACGAUAUCCUUGAAAAGCAUACUGAGAUCGCUGUGCCCUAUGAAAAAGCUGACUUGAUAGCUGCAGGUAGUGCUGAUGAGAACAAUCAACUAAUACUCCCAAAUAGUGGAACACGUCUAGAAAAUUCCGAAAGCACUGAACAGGAGGAAUCUAAUAGCGAGGAUAACUCAGAAAGCGAUGCUUCUUUAGUAAUUUUGUCCAGUUCAGAAGAAAAUAGUAUUAGUGAGAUGCGAGCGGAAGAUGAAGAUAUCUCUUCUUCAGAGGAAUACGAAACUAUAAAGCGCAGUAUAGCUGAGGAAGCUUUAUUGAAUAUGGCAAAUUAUGAGAACACUGGAGAGGAAUACCCCCAGGGCUCUCCAGAACACCAUUUUGCAGAUACUGAUUUUGGAAAAAUAUUUACUGAUAUUUCACAUGAUGUACAUGGUGAAAUGGAGAUGGCUCAUGAUUUCCAAGAACCUUCUAAGAACCAAACGAGCGGAUCAAUGUUUGAUUUGGUUCCACUAUCUCAUGACCAGAGAUCAGAAAUGAAAGAACAGGAACAAGAACAAGGGGAAGAGGAAGAGGAAGAUGAAGAUGAGAUGUCAGCUGUAUUGUCAGAUACUAGCAUACAAAGGGAAGAAUUAUUAGAAGAAAGUGAAAAUGAAAAUCCUUCUGAAGAGGCUUUCGAAUCUAAUUCAGAGGAUGAACAACUUGAGGAGAUCCCAGAUGAUAUUCGAUAUCCUUCGAAUGAAUCUGCAGCACACCUUUUAUAUGACGAAAAUCAUGAAAAUCACGGCGCCCAUAAUUUUGAUACUGCUUUCAGUAGACCUGAAUUGAGUUCAAUAGCACAUAUUUUGGGAAAUAUCGAAGAAGAGAGAAAGAAUGUAUCACAGGGCCAUACUCAGACAAAUGAAGCAGAAAACUAUAUUGGUUCAGACACUGAGAACACCAGUCAUAUACGUGAUGAAAAUUUAAAGGAAAUUGAAUCUUCCUCUGAGCCUGAUACUUCUGAGCAGUACUAUACAGGUAUUACCGAAACUCAUAUUUUAGAUCAUAAUUCUAGCGAUGAUAUAAAUCAAGAAGAGAAACAAGAGAGAAAUUCUGACGAAGAUUUUGUGCAUAAUCGAGCUUUCACGAAACUGGAAUUCAAUGAAGGCCUAAACAGCGACUAUGAUGAAGAAUUAGACCAAGGAACAAAACAUAAUAUAUCUGCUCCUGUCAGUUCCAAAGGCAUUGAUGUUGUUAUACAUGAAAUCAGCAGUAGUGAGGAAGAUAUUUCUGAAAAUGACGGUGAAGCCUUUGAAAAUUCAUCUAAUGAUUCUCUCUCUGAUGAAAAAGAGGGUAGUUUUGUAGAGAAUGACAUAAACGCUAACAAGAAACAAGGCUAUGAGAACGAACACUUACAGGUACAUCACGAUCAGAUCGAUGUCCAGAAUAAAGAAUACAGUGCAGAAAAUCCUAUUGCUAUUACCUCAGACAUUGAAGGCGACAUACAAGAUCAUAUGAAUGGCCCAAGAAACUUUUUUGGAAAGGACGUCGAGGGGAUACAUACGGAUGAGGAAGGACAAGAACAACGUUUUUUCAAGGCUGCCCCCUCACAUGUUAUUAACAAUAUGAGAAGUGACAAAGUUUUGUCAAAUAAUGAUACAUAUAAUAGCAUUGAGACGGACAUACAUAGCAACCAGAAUGUAUCUCCCCUUAAGGACGUGGACCAUAAUACUACCUUUGAUAAACGCGAGACAGUUCUCUCUCCCCAAAGCUCACCAACCCCCGGCUACCUAAAUUCUGAAGGUAAUUCUUUUUAUUACUCUACGCUAGAAAAUUUGGAGCCCUCUAAUGAUGUCGUCACUGAACAGGUCAAAUCUGCAUACGAAGUGAUUAUAUCAGGUUCUACAUACAGUUCAACGUCAUUUGAUGAUAAUGCAGAUGUAUUACCGUCGCCUCUAGAAUACAUUUCGCCUUAUGUCAAUCAUGCAGCUUUUACAUCCGAAGAAGUGGGGGAAAAGGAGAAAGAAUAUUUAAGAGAAACCUUGAUAAAAUUGGGGCUAGUUCCUCAAAACUCUAAAAAUCCAGAGGAGGGCAGUGAAGUGUCAGAUACUUCUUUUUAUACUGUAGGACAGGCCGAGAACUCGUCAGAAGCUCAUAAGGAGUCGGAAGAUGAAAAUCGUGGUCAAGCGACCCCAAAACAUAUGGAGGCAAGUUCAGUGCACCUUCCGAAUUCAGAAGCGGAGGACGAAGAUGCAGUUUUUUCUACUCCCAGGACGGGUGAUCGAGUAGUAGAUCAAAACGAACAAAUUGCAUUUGCUGAGGAAAGAAGUGGUCAACAGUCAGAGCAAGAAUAUAUAUAUGAAUUUCCGCGUGAAUCAAAUUCUGAAAAUAAGGAAAUCGACAAAUUCGAAAGCACGGUAUUGAGUGACGUCUCCUAUAUUACUGCAACCGCUGAACCGGUAAAUGGCGUAGAAAAUAAUGAAGCUGAAGACUCUUUCUAUGAAAGCUUGCAAGAAGGUACCGAAGACUUUCCCAUAGUGAAGGAAGAAGGCGCACAUGAAAAUAUACCAGCGACAAGUGACAAAGAUAUUGAUAUUUAUGAAAAUGUCGAACUUACGGUUUUAGGUGAAACCUCACAAGAUCAUUCAACACCUGAUUUUGCUAAUUCUAAUAUCAUAUCCGUUGAUGGUCUAGCCAUGGAAAAUUUAUCAAUCCGACCUGAAUAUGAGGAUGCAGUUUCGGAUACAAAUGCGAUUGUACUGCCUAAAGAACAGUCCCAUUCCCAUGGCGUGCCUGAAACCCAAAUCGUUCCUUUUGCCAAGAAAAAUUAUAGUACGGACGGUGAAGUACUGGAGGAUGUUGAUGUAGUAAGUAUAAAGACCGAUGAGAAAGGCCAAACUCAUCUUACUACUUCAGAUAUCUCUGAAGUUGCUCAAGAUGAGCUAAUAAAUACAACAGGCCUCUAUGAGAACGUUGACUCGUUAUUGGAGCCAGAACUUUCGGAUGAUGCCAACGAGCGAAUAGAGGUGAGUAGCACUUCUAGUGAUAAAAAACAGCUGAAAUCUCAAAAUGCAUUGCACGAGCAACCUCGUCACGAUCCAAUUCGUUCAAAACUUUUAACUAUGCCAACCUACAUGGUAGGAAAAUUGGUACAUGGAGUAAAGAAUGUUGCUGAUGUGGCUAAUGAAUUUGUAAGGAGAAUAGACGCAAUAGGCGAUUUGCAUGAUGAGCUCUUGGAAGAACAACCUAUUGAAGAAGGAGCUAGCAAUGGCGGUGAAUUAGCGGGACAGCAGUUACCACAAACAAGCACUGUAAAAGAUCCAUCUUCAUUGCUUGACGUUUCCGCAUCAAUAGCUGAGGAAACAAAUUUAAAAUAUGAUUAUUCCAAGAAAAAUACGCCUUCGGUUCUUAGAAUGAAUGAUCUGGAUGAAGGGUAUAAAGAAAAAGUCGUUGCGUCCGUGCAAGCUCUCGAAGUUUUGGCGGAUGAACUUCGUGAUACGAAUAAGUCGAUACCAGUUGCCAAUUCUGAGCAAGAUGAUACAUCUGAGUUUGAAGAAAGCUUGAAUAAGCGGACUACUCGUAUUUUGAACGAUGAACGUCCUGAAUUGAGUAUGCACAUUGAUGAUAUGGAAAUCGACGAUGAGCAGCCUGACAAUGUGGCAAAGACAGAAUUUGAAUUCGAUCUAACUGAAAAGGUAGCCCGUAAUGUAACCAAUCCAGAAAAAUCUAAGACCAAGACAAUAACAUCAGUAAGAGUCAACGGAACUGACAAUGAGGAUCACAUUGGUCAUACAGAUAAUAAUAUAUUAGAUGGCAUGGAAAGGAUAAAACGAGAGCUUAUUUUAGACGAAAAUGAGAGUUCUUCGGAAGUUCCUGAGCAGACUGGAUCAAGUCUACUGAAAGAGAGUUCUCCAGAGGCGUCUCUACAUACUAUCAAAAAUCCUGAAGAACAAACAAAGAAGGAUGGCAGGGCCUCAACAAGCAAAGCAGUAGACAGACAACGGGUCAGUAAGGCUGAUUCAAACAGCGAGAACACUGAUGCUAAGGCUACCACAACAGUUCCUACUAGCGAAAGAUCGAAGAAGAGGAGGGUGCCAAGAAGAAGAAAGAGACCAUUAACGGGAGCAUCUGCAACCCAAGGCCCAACAAAGAGGUUAAGAAAACGCUCUUUACGGAAACCAAGACCACCUAAGCAUAAGUAA